CUUUUGGUUUAAAAUCACUAAAACGAGAUUUAUUACUGAAUCGUUUCGUUGUCAUUUCAAAUUCAUCGUUUAUUAUUCACUGCUUAUUAGCAACAUAGACGUUUUCUAGAUUUAGGAAGACAAGAACAACAUUUAGACGGAUUACAACAAUGUGUAAACAGUGGAAGAUUAAAUGAACAUCGUAAAUAUAUACAAUCACAGAGAGUGGUAAAAGCGUUACAAGGUGCUACCGAUUGUCGAGUGAAAAACCUUAUGAAAUCUGUGAAUUAUGAUUAUGACGAUAGUCAAAGGGAUUGUAACAAGUUAAUACCUAAAAGAUUGAGUGUUAGCAAAAAGAAUAUUGAUAUAAACACGGUUUACUACGACCAAGUUACUCAGUAUCCAUUGUGUGUGCAUACAUUCCUCAUCAUUAUGAACGUUCUGAGCAGUAUACAAAGCCUGUCCACGUAGAUUACAUUUCACGUACAGCUGAGGAACAAAUCCAAAGAGCAAUGAAUCAUGGAGAAUUUAAUAAUUUAUCAGGUCAAGGUCGUCCAAUCGAUUAUGAUAAAAAUCCUCAUGUAUUUGGGGACUCAACUGAUAAACGUCUUAACCAAUUAAUGGCUAAUCAAGGUUUCCUGCCGAAAUGGGUUUUGUUAAAUAAAGAAGUUAAUUCUCGUUGGAAUAUUGCUAUUGAUAAGUUAAAUUCAAUCUAUAAUGUAGAAUCUAAUUUACAUUCUUCAAUAUGGUCAGAAGCUUGUAAGCUGUACAAUCGUGUCGUAUGUUCAUCUAUCAGUCUACUUGCUCAUGUGGAGCAGGUGAUAUUGGCCUCACAGAGUGAGGCCUUUCGAAACACAUCUCGGAACAUUACCCUGACUGGCUCUCCAAAGAAUUACAGAAUUCAGUCAAAAGCUCAAUCUUCGAGCAUGUAGUCAAUUCCGACUACUCCACUUGACCAGAAACCUCCUUCAGAAUUAUACGUCCAGUCAGAAGAGUUGGCGCAAUACGGAUGCAAAUGAAAAACUUAUAUAUGGCAGAGUCUAUUGUUAUCCACGAGUUUAAGCCUAAUUUUGCGUACAAAAACAGUACGUUCCAUUCCUCAUUCUCCUAUGACUCUAACUUCCCUUUCUAUCUUCCAUAAUCCAUCGUUUUUAUUCAUUAUUAAUCACUAUCCUUCCUACUCCUUUCCAAUUAUUUUCACAAUUAUUAAAUAGCAAGUAUCAAAACUUUUAAUUAUUCUGUUCUCAAUAACUAUCAAGUGAACAAUUAUUCCACCUCACCACUUUUCCACUAGCCAAUUAUUACAUAACUUCCUCUCAAUAUCUGAUUUCCAAAUCUUGACAACAUACCAUUUUAAGUUUUUUAACUAAUUAACACCUUUCUAUCUCGCUAUAGAACACUAUUUUAGUCAAUAAAAUUGACUAUAAAUACAAUUUAACAGCUUAAGUAAAUGAGAUCGUCGAAAAGAAAUUUUCUUUUGCUAAAUUGCUUUCCUUUUUUGAUGUGGCAGACUUAGCAGGUAAAAAUAGCUACUAACCAUUUUCUGACGUCAUCAUCCUAUCCAUUUAUAUUUUUGUCACCCAUCAUACUGCCAUCAGUUGUUGAGCAGAGUCGUAGCUCAUUCUCGUUAAAAUUGCCUUCAUACGUAAUUUAUAACUUGUUGUAAAGAUUCACUAACUUAAAUAGAGUUCUCUUCCUGCCAUAUUAAACUGAGUAUUUCGAUAAACUAUAAUGUCGUUACAUUUCAUCAACUGUCUAGCGAAUCCCUCCUACAACACAAAAUUAAUGCUUUCUUCUUCAGAAUGAUGAACUUUCCAACUGCCUACACCUUACAAGUAUUCAAGAAAUGACAUAUACGAGAACAAAUCAAUGCAUGAUCAGAUGUCAAGUAGUUACUCAAAUAAUACCAAUAAGCUCUCACCGUUCCUAUUUGAUUUAUAACAAUAUGAUUUAAUUGUGCUCAUAAACAGAUUGACGUUAAUGGUUAUUGAAUAGGACACUUUUUCUCCUUCCCGAUACUUAAAGUUAUGAACGAUUUGCUAAUGGGAUGAGACCGUAAAAGACGAUAAUUCUCAUCGGUUUGCCAUCAUAGAAUUUCAGAAAUACUCUCAAGAUGCUUUUCCGGUUAAGCUCUUUACCCGCAUAUUUAAGUCAAUCCCAUGUAUGACUACAUCUGUAUACUUGAUCUUUUGAAUUUAAACUGACACCUUUUGAUAAAAUUCAGGCCAGUUGUUGCCUGGACUGUAGUCAGUAGGAAAGUGUGUAGGCGGAGAAAACAAAUAGGCAUUAUUGUGAGUCCACUAUCUUUACAAGUUUCUAUAGAAACAUUCGGUAAGAAAAUUCGCAUGCUGUAAUCAUCUGAUAUCCAGAUAUCUUGCAAAAAACGAAUAUUAUCUAUAUGAUUUAUAUAAUCCUCAUAGUACAGUAGCCUUUAACUAAAAUGGCACCACACCAUUUUCCAUUCAGAUUGGCAAACAUUCUACCUUCAAUAUAUCUUUCUAGAAAUUCAAUUGUUACAAUAAUAAAUUUUUUCUUAAGGAUUUCUUUAAAAAGGACCGAAUGUAUUCGGUUGGAAUCAUUUUGUAGGUAUGCUUUAUAAUUUACUGUUUCUUAUGUAUCUAUACCUUGUUAAGUGUGCAUUAACACACUAAACUCAAGAUCAAGGAGGAAGGCGAAAAAUGAACCCAACUGCACUGUUGAGACCGGUUUCCAGUCAUAUCAUCUAAGGUAACCAACCAUGGAUUACAACUAUCAUAUAAUUGUAAACUAGGAUGCAUAAAUUUCCCUUGAAUAGUUCAGAAUAUCAUUCGAAAACUUGAAAUUCAAGUUAACGUUCAAAUAAUAACGAUUGUUUCGGAUAUGAUAAAUUUCGUUCAUAAUAGUAUGUCAUUUAAUUCAUGAUAAAGUGUUUAUCUUUUUUCGCAUUUUCAACAGGAUUUUGAGGAGGAAGUAAAAAAAUUAAACCGAUUACUUGAUCAAUACAAUCUAUUAGUCCCUAGUCAUCAAAUGCAGCGUUUUCAUUUGAAUAGUAAGACAGCUAUUGACCAACUGAUGAAAGCUAAACAAUCACACACGAAUGAGCAAAACAAACGUGAUCCUACUACGACUCAAAAUGAAAGCAAAGACGGCGUACCACAAACUGAGGAUAACAAUCAGAGUUUAUGGGAUCCCCGCUAUAUGGCUGAAGUAAUGCGCGACUUUUACCGUGAAUUGGCUAGGUCAUGGGCGAGUAUUCUACGAGGCUUUAAAGAUCAUAAAUAACACCUUGUAUUACUCUAAAAUAUCGCUGUUUAUGUAUAUUCAUAUCACAGUUAACAAGUAUUCUAAAUCAACUUAUAGUUCAAAUAGGCUAAAUUAACAAAGCAAUCUCUCGUAAAGUAAUGAAAAAACAUUCGUAUGUUUCACACUUUUUUCUUAUCAACUUUAAUCUUCAUUUCAUUAAAGUAAAAAAACCGGCUGAAUCUGAUCGUGUACAAAAAAUCGUUGACGUGAAAUCAAUCAUAAAAAAC